GUUUCUAGGGGUAAAAGUGUCAUAUCGUAUGAAGAAACGUGAUCCCAGCAUAUCCGGUUCUUCUUUAUCCUUUGUUGGAGGCAAUAUUUAUGUACACAGUUACCUCGUACACCUUCCAGUAAAAUGGACGGUUGAGAUUCCCAUUUCACGUUGUGCUCUGGAGAAGUGUUUGAUCGCAGAAAAGCUUCGUUCUUUGUCAUCUAAAGGCGUGGAAGGAAUGGCAAAAAGCUCGUUCAAGCAAGAGCAUGACCUAGAGAAGAGAAGGGCAGAGGCUGCUCGGAUUAGAGAGAAGUAUCCAGAUAGGAUUCCGGUGAUUGUUGAGAAGGCUGAGAAGAGUGAUAUACCAACCAUCGACAAGAAAAAGUACCUAGUCCCGGCUGAUCUGACUGUGGGGCAAUUUGUGUAUGUUAUUCGCAAAAGAAUCAAAUUAAGUGCAGAAAAAGCUAUCUUCAUAUUUGUGGACAACGUUCUUCCCCCAACAGGUGCGCUCAUGUCUUCCGUGUACGAAGAGAAAAAGGAUGAUGAUGGGUUCCUCUAUGUCACUUACAGCGGAGAAAACACAUUUGGAUUUGGAUCUCCAUAAUACAUCUCUUGCUGGAUAUUUCAUUUUAC